GGCACCCAGCCUGGGCAGCCGCAAGCGGACAGGCUUCCCACCAUCGCCGAGGACAGGGGAUGACUGCGGCUGACCUGGCCACUCUGCCCACAGGGGAGGUGGAGUGUCACUAGAGGGAGGGUGCAGCCGCUGCCCCUGCACGGAGCGCCAUGCCGGCUGGAGAAGGAGCGCCGGGGGGGCUGCAGCGUGGCAUGGCCGCGCCCGCCCACCGGCACUGAGCGCAUCGGGUGGCCGGCCUCCCCUGCCCGGUGCUCAGACCCUCUCAGAGUUCCCGCCCUGGCCUUCCCCGCUCGGUGACGUGCAGAGCCGGCGAGAGGGAGAGGCGCCUUCCCCGCUCCGCGUCUGGGCCCGCCGCUGCCGGACCAUGGGAUGUCGGCAAAGCUCAGAGGAGAAUGAGGCGGCGCGGCGGUCCCGGAGAAUCGACCGCCACCUGCGCUCGGAGAGCCAGCGGCAGCGCCGUGAGAUCAAGCUGCUCCUGCUGGGCACCAGCAACUCGGGCAAGAGCACCAUCGUCAAGCAGAUGAAGAUCAUCCACAGCGGCGGCUUCAACCUGGAGGCCUGCAAGGAGUACAAGCCCCUCAUCAUCUACAACGCCAUCGACUCGCUGACCCGCAUCAUCCGGGCCCUGGCCGCCCUCAAGAUCGACUUCCACAACCCCGACCGCGCCUACGACGCCGUGCAGCUCUUCGCGUUGACGGGGCCGGCCGAGAGCAAGGGCGAGAUCACACCCGAGCUGCUGGGCGUCAUGCGGCGGCUGUGGGCCGACCCCGGGGCGCAGGCCUGCUUCGGCCGCUCCAGCGAGUACCACCUGGAGGACAACGCGGCCUACUACCUGAACGACCUGGAGCGCAUCGCCGCGCCCGACUACGUCCCCACCGUGGAGGACAUCCUGCGCUCCCGGGACAUGACCACGGGCAUCGUGGAGAACAAGUUCACCUUCAAGGAGCUCACCUUCAAGAUGGUGGACGUGGGCGGGCAGCGGUCCGAGCGCAAAAAGUGGAUCCACUGCUUCGAGGGCGUCACGGCCAUCAUCUUCUGCGUGGAGCUCAGUGGCUACGACCUGAAGCUCUAUGAGGAUAACCAGACGAGUCGGAUGGCGGAGAGCCUGCGCCUUUUCGACUCCAUCUGCAACAACAACUGGUUCAUCAACACCUCGCUCAUCCUCUUCCUGAACAAGAAGGACCUGCUGGCCGAGAAGAUCCGGCGCAUCCCGCUCACGGUCUGCUUCCCCGAGUACAAGGGCCAGAACACGUACGAGGAGGCCGCCGUGUACAUCCAGCGGCAGUUCGAGGACCUGAACCGCAACAAGGAGACCAAGGAGAUCUACUCGCACUUCACCUGCGCCACCGACACCAGUAACAUCCAGUUCGUCUUUGACGCGGUCACAGACGUCAUCAUACAGAACAAUCUCAAGUACAUUGGCCUUUGCUGAGGAGCCGGGCCCGCGCCCGCCUGUCUGAUGAAACCCGCGGGGUGCCACACCCCGACUCGUGCUAGAGAGGCCCAACCCAGGGGCAGAAAAAGGGGGGCCUAUGAAGAACGUCCCCCCGCCCCUCGGCCUCUGCCUCCUCGGCCCCACGUUCCCGCAAACAUAUAUAUGGAUAGAUUGCUAGGUAGGUAGACACACACACGCACGCACACACGCACACACUCGUCUGCAGAUAGAGUUCUCCGAGGUCUCUUGAAGUCUUGAGAAGCUGUCCCAAGUUCACUCCGAGCCCGUCCUGUCCCUCCACUUUGCCUUCUUGAGUUGGCCUCACUCUGCAUGGGGGUCCACGUUGGACCACUGAGGAGAGGCGGCCAGCUGGGGCCAGAUCAGGCCAGCUGAGCCCUUGUCGGCUGGAGGAGAGUCCGCUCGUCGCCUGAGCUCCACACUGGGGACCUUGCCACUGACGGGGGCAGGAAGCACCAACGCAGGGUCCAGAUACUUUCCCUGCUGGCCGCACCCCCCACGGCCCACCCACAGCUGCACUGCGCUGUGCUGGUUCCGGACCUGGGACCUUAGGAGCCGGGUGACAGCACUAACCAGACUUCCAGCCGCUCACGGCUCUUUUUAAACGGCUUCAAAAUAUGCAGCAAAAACCCACACAAUGCUAACGAGUGUUUCCAACGAGACCAGCUGGGUUUCCAGCUUCUCUUCCACUAGGUCUGAUGUUUUCUAAGUCAAAACCUGGUUUUUCUUCUCUGACAUCCUUUUUUUUCUUCUUUUUUUUUUCUGUUUUUUUGUUUUUGUUUUUGUUUUUGUUUUUUUUGGCCAAAUCUCGUGGUGUUUCGCAGAAAAAGAAAAAUACAGAAAAUUUCCAAUGCAGUUGAGUAUUCUUUUUUAAAAUGCAGAUUUUCCAAACAUAUUUUGUUUUUUUUUCAGGUGGUCCUUCUUUGUGUCUGGCUUGCUGAGUGUUCACAGUUGUAUAUCUGGGUGAUUCUGUCCCUCUGUUCCAAAGAAUUUUGGGGGCAAAUGGCAAGUCCUGCAUCAGCCCCACAGGACACGCGUUGUACAUAAGCCUCUGCAGUGUCCUCUUGUCAUUGGUGCGGGUUUUUUGCUUUGUUUUUAUUUAAGAAAAUAAAUGUGAUGUAUUUAAAGAAGGUCCUUCACCUAGGAGCGAAUGAACAAUAGCUAAAUGUCUUGGUAUUUAAAGAGUAAAUUAUUUGUGGCUUUGCUGAGUGCAAGAAGGGGGAGGCGAGAGAUGGCCCCUGGCCCCCACGCCCUGUGCCUGAGAUGGGCUGGGAGGAGCUCUGACUCCCGUGAAGGCGCAGCCAGCGUUGUGGCCUGAGGUUGGCCCUGUGGGGACCGUGCCCUGGGCCUUCCUGCCCCAGGGUCUGUGGGCUCCCACCGCGAAAGGACCUUCAUGAGGGCCACGUGUAAAUACGCACCCCCACCGACGAGGGGGGAGGCAGCCCCAGAACCCUUGCCAAAUCUCCUCCUCUCUCACCCUUGUUCGGUACCCUCGCGUCCAAGGUCAGUGUGCAGAAUCACAGCCAAGGACUUGACCGGAUGUACAGGGAGGGAGGAGCUGCUGAUCGUCCGGAAGUCAAAGAUUGUCUACUUUAAGAAAAUAAAAUACCCUGAAUGGAG